AUGAAUCCACAGAACUCGGAGAAGAGACCAAUUCAACCAAUACCCAGAGCUCCAUUUUUGCAAGCUGACUUCCAGCGUAAACGGGCUACUACGGCCUGUCAUCUUUGUCGCACACGCAAAACAAAAUGCGAUAAUCAACGACCAAGCUGCACCAAAUGUCGCGAGUUAGGCGCCAGUUGUGUCUAUCAUGACAACCCAAACCCCGCAACUCAAAUCCUUGAUCGUCUUGACUACUUGAUUCAAUUGGUCGAGUCAAGUAGCUCCAACAGUACAGGAAACCGCACGAGGGCCAGCCCUCAAGAAACUGUUCUGGAACAGGAGACGUCAAUUGCUUCAUCAUAUUUCGGACUUGGCCUCCAGGAUCAAGACAUCUCCUGGGAUACAGAAGAUACUAAUGCUGUCAGAGAAGACUUGGCCAGGGCCAACGAGGCACAAUUCCCAUCGCAGUCCAGAAUUGGUUUCUGUGAAGAUAUGCUUGAAUGGCCGAUCUUCCAUGGAAGAUAUAGCCGAACAAAAAUUGAAUCCCUCAUCUUUGAUCCUUCACUCGACUGGCAACGUCAUGAAGAAAACGCCACAAUCUCCGGAGAACCCGAUGAUGCUGCACGAAUGGAUUAUCAAGAUCCCCGUUCUAACCUUGGAGUUGGUCGAGGUGUGCGGGAAGAAGACGUCAUGCAACUUGUCGAUUCCUUUUUGUUGAAUGUGCAUAUAAAGAAUCCAAUCCUUGAUCCGGCAUUUCUACAAAGAAUAGCCAAAUCAGUAGCUGCCACCGGAUUUGGAUGGGAAGCUCAGAGCUGUCUGGUGUUGAUAGCAUGUGCGCUUGGAGCCAUUGCUUCGCCGUUCGUGAACAUGUCGAUACAAACGAAUUCUGGGAUAUUACAAGACUUAGAUAAUAGUCUACGAAAUACCUCAGGCUAUUCCACGGCGGAGCUGUACUAUACGUCUUCGCGCAAGCGGAUGGGCCUCCUCACAAACACAUUGUUGGCAACUGAGUGUUAUUUCCUAGCAGGCGUUUAUGAAAUGUAUUCCUUGCGGCCUCUUCAAGCUUCUAUAUCCUUCAAUCGAGCUUGCGUGGCGUUCCAAACUUUCACUCACAUGAAGCCCAAGUCCUACGUUGCCGAAAGUCAAUCGGCUGAAGCUCGUGCAAGCCGGCUAUACUGGUCAUGUCUAAAAUCUGAACACGAGAUGUCAAUGGAGUUUCGGAUCCCUUCUUCGGGCGUAGCUAGACUGAACUACACCAGCUCAUUCCCACCACCACCAGCAACGACCUUCACGGGGGAUUCGUUCCAGCACUCGGGAAUCGCACAACCUGGAAGUGCCCUACAUAUACAGGAGCCGCUAUAUCGCGGCUGGUACUACUAUCUGGCUGAUAUCGCGGCUCGAAGAUUAUUACAACGAGUGACUGACUCUUUAUACACUGAGAACGAGAGUGGAUUGGAUUUUGCGCCUCUCCCACACCUGACCCAAACCGCAGCUGAGUUCGAACGGCAGCUUGAUCAGUGGUAUCGGACUCUCCCGGGAGUGAUAUCCUUUGAAGUAGAUGUUGCGGCAGAGGACGAGCUUGCAUACCACCUGCAAGCUCGCGCAUUCGAGAUCAAAGAACGGAUAUACAGGCCAUUCUUAUUCCGCAUAAUUCAUCAGCCACUAGAAGAAUCGGAACGCGUCACCCUUCAGUCAUUUGUACAAAUCCAUGCAUUGACUUGUAUCAAGCUUAUUCAGCAGUGGGACAUCCGACAUCGACAUCAUGGAACUUGGAUCAUGGCCAGACAAAGCUUUGCAUCUGCAUUACUUCUAUUGAUUGCGCAAAAAGCGGGUCUCUUGGAUUCAUUGAAAAAGGAAUGCGAACAGAUCGUGAAAUUGUCAAUCUCGACCCUGCGCUACUGGGAAGCUGAGGCUCCAGACCUCAAAGCUUCGAGGCAAGUCCUUGAGGAUAUCAUUGAGCAAUUAUACAUAUGA